CGCCACCACCGCAGCCAGAGCUCGUCCACCACCGCUCCAGCGCCGGCCAGUGGAGGAGUCCCGGCUGCUGCUCACGGCAGCGGACAACAGAAUACUCGUCGACGCGCUCGCGGUGGAGGUGAUGCCCAUCCUCGGCCAUUGACCGCGGGGGCGUCUCCUACUCGUUCGCAGCCAAACACGCAGACCGGCGGUGCGGUGAUGCUCCCGGAAACGCCCUCGUUGGGUAUGGGCGAGCUGUAUCCCGUGCUUACAUCGCAGGACAUGGCACGGAUGCAGCGCCGCUACGACGUGAACACCCUGAUGCAGAUGUCGUACUAUAGCGACAUGUAUGCCCUCGGGGGGGCUGGAGGCGGCUCCCAGUCGAAGAAGGGGCUGGACAACCAGAACGACGGCCGACCGACGCCCAAGGAGUCCAAGGACUUGCUGACCACGCUGGAGUGCAAAAUAUGCAUGACUCAGCUGGUGGACACAGUGAUUAUCCCGUGCGGCCAUGCGGUCCUGUGCCGGUGGUGCGCGGAACAGCAUAUCCCAUCGAGUCGCGUCGACGGCACCCGUCCAAAGACGUAUUCGCUCUGCCCGGUGUGUCGGACUCAUGUCAUGAACAAGGUAAACACCCCGUCUAACGAUGAUUCUUUUUUUUUUUUCUUUUUUUGGAGUCAAGUUCGUGUUCUGACAAGCCAGUAUCGGAUUUUCUUCUCCUGACACACA